CUAGCCACUAAACAUCUUUUUUUAACUUUGCCUAAUUCCUUUAACAAAGAGACUAACCAAACUCACCCUCUCUCUGCCAGCAGCCGCUUGUUUGUAGCAAGACUUCCGGGCGAGUCCACUGACUACAGUAGGGUGAUGCAGCUCAAGGAAGAACAUUUAUGGUCAUUUCUUCAUGAAAAUUCAAUCAGACCGAGAUGGUAAGGCAGAAGAACUACCACGUCUGCAGUGCAAAAUGAUCAAUAUGAUGAUUAUUACUUGCGUCACCCCUCUGUCGCUGAUGGACUCCCCCGAAGUCUCGCAACAAACAAGCGGCUGCUGGAAGAGAGACAGUGAGUUUGUUUCGUCUCUUUGCUAAAGAAAUUGGGCAAAGCUAAAAAGAUGUUUGGUGGCUAGUACUAUGGCUGGGUCCCUAAAUGUUACUGUUGAUGAAGUUAGGUGCUGUUCUGAGCAUUAUUUGUGGCUAUAGAGUGGCGUUUUGGUUGAGCGCGUGGCUCUGUGUAUUGCUAUCAUGUGGUCGUUACUAAAGUUGGUAUAACUAGAGAAGCAAGCGGUCGGCAACAUUCAUUUCUCGAGGGGGUGUCUAACUCAGUGUUAUGUUGUGUUUGACCCUAAAUUAAUUUUACCCCCGGAAUAUCCCUUUAAUGGCACCGAUUCAGUAUAACAUUGUGGGAUUUUACACACAACAGCAGCUCAGGACACAUGCACACUAAGACAUGCAUGAAGAUAAGUAACCACUCAGUCCUCACCAGACCAAAUAUGGAGACUGCACAAAUAUUCAACUUGAAACUCAGAAGUGUUCUGAGCAUCUUCUCUUUUUUUCUCUCGCUCUGUCUUUGCUGAAGAUAUAUUUUUGGGCUUUAUUCAGCGAGGAUGAGACAGCAAGAAACCAGGAGAGUGAGAGCAGGGAAUGGUGGGCAGGAAAGAGGUCUGAUGCAUGAGGACUGUAGCCUCAGUACACGGAGCACAUGACUUAAAACCACUAGGCCAAACAAGCAUUCCAGAAACAUCUCUGAGUAGACAGUCAUGUUUCUCGCUGAAACUAGUCAAAGUUUUUACUCUGAAUGAAUUGAUCAAUAAAUGUCAUCGUUAAAUUGACAAAUGAUCUCCUUCUGUAGAUAUCAAAACAACUUGUCCGUCUUUUGGCUCCAAUAAGCUGAUUUUCAGUAUUUCAGCUUGAUAAGCGCUUCCCCGUGUCUGGGUCCCACUGCAGGUCAGUGGAUGAGACUGAGAGACGUGUUUUUGUAAACCUUUUCACCGCUGACGUAUUAUCUGAUGUUUCUGUAAGAAUAAAAAGUUUCUGCUUUCUUUGGCAUUAUUGAAACGGAAAACGCUGUGAGUGGCCCAGUACUUUGGCAGGGUUUCUGUUGUUGCUAACAGAAUGACGUCUGGUAUAAGUGACUCACAGAUCUAUAGGAGCUUAUUUCAUUAACCCUCCUGGGAGCUGUCUCUUUGAGAUCAGUCGAACCCUGUUAGACUGCUGAUGAGCUAAACUCUGACAUAUACCGUCUAUACACAAUAUAUGGUGUAUAGGAUGAAGUGCUCUAUGUGACUCAGCUGGGUGGGUAAGGAGGAUGAAGAGGCUACGGCUUGGGAGAGGUCUUCUCCUAACUGUGUUUAUGGAGUCAAAGGAGUGUCCAAACAGAAUAAAUCUUUACACCCCUGCUGAAAACUGCCAUGGACAAUACAACAGUGGCGAUUGCUCUAAGACUGCAAGGGAAGCUCGGCUUCCCUUAAAAUGUCACCCCCCAAAAAAAAGAAAAAGUGGUGAAAUACGUACUGCUGUGUGUACAUUUCAUUAACUAAAUACGCACUAGAAAGCCUUCAUCUUUUGUUCAGACACUGUGAUAAGAAGCUGAUAAUUAUAGGUAACCGGCAUAACUUCGUUCUCAUUCAUCCUCGCAGCGCCUCAGCGCUUUAAACAGCCGGACGCUGGGCUUCUGCUGACUUCAAUGUGGAAGCUAAAAGUGGGUUGUUUCAGCAGCGAAACUAGACGCUCAUUGGAUAAAUGCUGGGCUUUGUCCCGCCCAAUGGAAGCUAAGCUUCACUGGAGUUCUAUGGCGAGAGGGCGGUCCCGACUUUCUCCCGGACUGCAAGCUUCUGCAUCCAUGAUUGGAUGAGCUGUCUGAGGCGAAAUCCUUUUUUGAUUGACAGCUAAACAAGCGAAUCAGCGAUCUUGAAGAAUAAAACAUCUACCAGAGCAUUUUCCAAGUCAUUCAUUCCGUUGUUCUUAACUGCUCCGGAGACUUUACCGAUCCUCAGCGACUUCUGUCUUUAUUAAAAACGACUGCCGUUGUGUUUGGCGACUCUGUUCUGUUACAUACUAAUAAACAAAUACAAUUAUGAUGUAGGCCAGAAAAAUGAGCUUCCCCUCCUUGAAAGACCAGCAGCCGCCACUGCAAUACAACCAUCUUAUGAAAACAAGUUACAGCCUUAAGAGAAAACACUUAAUACACACAGGAUAGUAACUCUGAAGACUAGAUGUCUUGUCCCUAUAAUGAAAAAAAAAUAGCUUUUGGCAAUGAGUAAUUGUCCUUUGCUCAAAGGUUAUGAGCUAUAAGAAGGAGACCUGAAUUUUACACACAACAAUUUCUGCAGGAUGACUUCCACAGACAAGAUACUGACCUGUUCUGACAAGAUUAGAUUAUUUUGUAAGAACAAGUCAGUAUCCUUUGUUCCUAGACAAAAAGAUAACAAGAUGACUAAUGUGCACAAGAAAUUUCCCAAACACAUGUAGGAAAAUGUGUUAUGUUCUGAUGAAACCAAAGUUGAACUUUUUGGGCAUCACUGCAAAAGGUAUAUUUGGCGCAUAAACAACACUGCUCAUCACCAAAAGAACACCAUACCCACAGUGAAGCAUGGUCGUGGCAGCAUCAUGCUUUAGGGCUGUUUUUCUUCAGCUGGAACUGGUGCCUUAGUCAGGGUGGAGGGAAUUAUUAACAGUUCUAAAUACCAGUCAGUGUUGGCACAAAACCUUCAGCCUUCUGCUAGAAAGCUGAAGAUGAAGAGGGACUUCAUGACCCAAAGCACACAUCUAAAUUAACAAAAGAAUGGCUUCACCGGAAUAAGAUUGAGACUUUGGAAUGGCCCAGCCAGAGCCCAGACCUGAAUCCCAUCGAACAUUUGUGGGGGUGAUCUGAAGAGGGCUGUGCACAGGAGAUGCCCUCGCAAUCUGUCAGAUUUGGAGCGGUUUUGCAAAGAAGAGUGGACAAAUAUUGCCACAUCAAGAUAUGCCAUGCUGAUAGACUCCUACCCAAAAUGACUGAGUGCUGUAAUAAAAGCCAAAAGUGCUGCAACUAAGUAUUAGUUUAAGGGUGUGCAUAUUUAUGCAACCAGGUUAUUUUUAGUUUUUCUAUUUUAUAUUUUUCCCCUUCAAAGGUUUCAGUUUGUUUUUUAACUGCAUUGUACAGGUUAUAGGUCACAAUAAAGGUGGAAAAAGUUGUGAAAUUAUUUAUCUUGCUGUCAUUUUCUUACAAAAUGAAAACCUGGCAGUUGAACAGGGGUGUGUAGACUUUUUAUAUCCACUGUGUUUUUCAAUGUGAGCCAUUAAGAUUCACCCCACACAUAAAGGUGAUUUUUCCAGUUUUUUUCUUUAUUUAUCUGUUAUAGUUGGAAGGCAUGUGUCAAACAUGCUCUCCUAUAGCAUUAAUUUCGAGUGAACUUAUCAUUAAACAUUGAUGAAAAUGUUCCUGGUGCUUUCUGCCUCUUCAUGGUGACUGUGCAGGACUGACCUGGAACAAAAACAACUUUUUCCCCCCUUUAAACUUUGGUGGAAGUUUAACCUUUGAGUCCUGCAGAAGAGCUGUCGCUGUUCAUCAUCCUGUAACCUGCAGCCUGAAACGAGACCUGAGUCUGCUGCACAGUCGGUAAGAACAUCCACCUUUUCCGUGUUUAUAAUGUUAGCAGUUUGAUUUCAUGGAGAUAACGAUGGCGGAAGAUCAGCACACUAUUGUACAGACUGUCAACAUGAAGUAGUCACGUGACUUCCCCAUGUGACUAGUGUGCGGAUUUCUUCCUGUAGUUCAUCCCUCGUCUCUCCGUCUUCUUGCGCACUUUCACGUCCAGCUGAUCUGUGCACGGAGCGAACAUGGAGAUCUCCUUUGCAGGGAAACGAGCUCUGGUGACAGGAGCAGGAAAAGGUAGAGAGAUCACUUCACAAACACAAACACACACUCACUUAGCCCGCUAGACACACUUCAGAAACACAAUGUGUGAGAACACGGCUACAUGAGCUCUACGUUUGUUAAAUACACAUAAAGUUCAAUAUCUUUUGUCAGCGAGGAAGAAUAAAAAAGUUUUGGCUGCAAAUGCUAAGUAACAUUUAUUGUUUAUUUUACCAAUAAUAAUUCAACACCUUCGACAAACCCCGCCCCUUUUCUCUCCUGAACACUUUGAAGAUAAAGCCUGAAGAUACUGGUUGAUAGGCUUACUGAUAAAAGUGAUCAGAGAAUUUUUGUCUUUGAAAUUCUGGACAAUAUUACAUAUUUUUGGUUUAUGUUUGACCUGUAAAAAAGGGUUGACUCUUAGCAUCUUUACAGUACUUUUUUGAUGUUGCAUCUUCUGCAAGUAAGUUAAAAUCAGGAUGGGAAGCAGCAGCAGUAGUGGUUGUAACAGUGAUAGUAAUGUGCAAUGUCCAUAGCUUAUAAUCUUACUUUUUAAAUAUUGAUGCUUAAAUUUAGGCCUCAGCGAUUUGGCAAAAAAAUGAUCACGAUAUAUUUUGUCAUAUCGUCCGAUCUCGAUUAUUAUCAAGAUUUUUUUUUAACUGCCAGUUUUAAAGCAUCUGUACUAAAAACUAAAGAAACUGAAGAUUAGUUCAACAUUUUAUUAACAUACAAAGUAAAUAACAAAGCAAAUUGAAUAAGGUACACUGAGAAAAAUAUAAAAACCAUUUUAACUCAACAGUACAACAAAUGUAGAUAAAUACUAAAUAAUACAGUGAAUUAGUUCACAGUGUUUUUGAAUGUUUUUGCAGGUAUGCAAGACCCAAAAUAAACAAAUCGCCCCCUCAGAGAUAAUGAAGAUGCCUUGAAUGUAAACAUUAGAUGAUUUAAACGUAGAUGAUACGAUUUAUUAUCACAACUGAUUACGAUCAUAUGAUCGCCCAGUCCUACUUAAAUCAUAAAAACUCUUCUCUCACCCACCCUGGGUGAUAUUGUGUCUCUUCAAGCUCAGGUCCUCUACCAGAGACCUGAGAGCUUGAGGGUCCUGCGCAGUAUCCUUGCUGUUCCUAGGACUGCACUCUUCUGGAGUGAGAUGUCUGAUGUUUCCCCAGGGAUCCGUUGGAGCCACUUCUCUAGUGUGGGGUUUACUGCCCCGAGUGCCCCGAUGACCACGGGCACCACUGUUGCCUUGACCUUCCAGGCUUUCUCCAGCUCCUCUUUGAGCCCUUGGUAUUUCUCUAGUUUCUCGUGUUCCUUCUUCCUGAUGUUGGAAUCGCUUGGGAUGACGAUAUCUACCACAACAGCUUUCCUCUGCUGAUUGUCUACGAUUACAAUGUCCGGUUGGUCGGCCAUUACCAUUUUGUUGGUCUCUAUCUCGAACUCCCGCAGGAUCUUGGCUCGUCAUACUCCAUCACCUUGGGAGGUGCUUUCCAUUUUGACCUCGGGGUUCCCAGUCCAUAUUCUGCACAGAUGUUCCUGUACACUAUACCGGCUACUUGGUUUGGAGACAAACUCAGGGUACUUUAAUAAAGGGCUCAUCAGUAGAUAUUUAUUUAUAAGUGCAACCAAAAUAACAAGAAAGAUGCGAAAUAACAUGAAACAGGUGCUCUAAACAUAAGAAACUGAGAAAGAACUUAAAUUCUUGGUGUUUCUACCUGACUGUUCUCCCCUGACUUCUACGUCUCUUAGUUUACUUGCAGAUCUUAAAACAACGUUUUGGUGUAACCACCUACUGUACUGGAGUGUACAGCAACAAGACUGCUAUACUUCAGGUUAUAUUGUGAAUACUACAAAAAUUAGAAAUAAUCUCUCAGCACCAGGGAGAGAACGAGUGCUACUUGAUCCCUAGUCAUGUACCAUCAUUUAGAGUUAUGAAGCUUUCACUAUAUGUUUUAUUUGUUGGUAUAUUGUGCAUAAAUCAUAUGAUAAAAUAUCCUGAAGGAGUCAGAGAGUAGGUUUUUUGUGAUACUCUUUCAACAUUUAUAUUAUUCAUGAAACCAGCCCAGUCAGCAGAGUCCUCCUCGUUCCUCCUGUAAGUCACCACAGAGCAGAUUUCUCCGAACUUUAUCCCGAUCAGCUGGUAGGAGAAUGUGAUCAUGCUUACCUCAAGAUGAUUCACUUGGGCUCGUUAUGCUCUCAUUGGUUACUCACCUCCUGCCGUGAGUCAUCCUUAUACAGUCUUUCUAUUACUUUGGUUGAGUGAACUUGACAGGACCUCCUUUUUUUCCCUCUGUAACACUCUGUGAUUAUGAUACAUGAAGCUCAAGUGUUUAUUUCAAAUGCUAAAGGUGUGUCAGUAGUUCCUCCCUCACACAGGACAGUAACUUCAACCACCGCAAUGACAUCAUAGAAAGCUUAACAGGAGUAAAAAUGUGAGGCAAGCUCCUUUUUAUUUAGAUUUCUCAUGACAGAUUAGUCUGUCUGUUGACAAAGUAACUCACCCCUGACUCCAAGACUUGAGAUGAAAGAAAGUAACAAUAGAAGUAAGUGAAAUUAUAACCAUCUGUGUUUGUCAUUGCUGUGCAGUCUUCUUUUGGACCUCAGAAUGUGCCAAAAGAGUCUGCUGCUAUAAAACAGGAAUGAUUGAUGAGAUGUUUUGAUUAAACAAACAAAUAAAAAAGAUUAAUUCUGAGCUAACAUGAAGGAUGAUUAUUUCUAAAAUUCCUGUCUCUGAUGGAGGAAAAGAAGAGUUUAAAGGGCUUUGAGAUGGAGUGGUGCGAGGUGUCAGCCUGAGACGUGAGGAAUGUGCGUGUGUGUGUUUGUGUGUGUGUGUCAGCUCUGUUGUCACAGUAGCUCCUCGCUCUAUAAUCACUCUUUGUCUUUAUGGAUGUUUGCUGUCUCAGGCAUUGGCAGGGCCACGGCUCUCGCUCUGGCACGCUGCGGGGCAAAGGUCACAGCGGUCACACGCACGCAGGCUGACCUCAACAGUUUGGUGCAGGAGGUAAGAAAUUCCACCCCCGCCCACUCACCUCUGACCCCUCCAUAUUCCUCUCUGUUUCAUCUUUCUCAUUGUUCUCCCAUUCCAUCUCCUCACUUGUCAUCAUCUGAUGUGUCUGUGCUUGCUUCCACCCUGCUGCUCUGUUCUUCUUCUAUUGUUGCUCCUCUUCAGCCUCAUCGCUAUAUGUGCAAAUGAAGAGACUCAGCCAAUGACUCAACUACUUAUUUAGAUCAGUGGUUCUUAACUGGUGGGUCCCGACCCAAAAGUGGGUCACGGCGACAUUCUGGAUGGGUCGUGAACAGCUGGUCAAAAAAGUAAAUUUUUAAUGCGCAUCUGAUGUUUGACAUUUAUUUUACUUUGAAAAAUAGCUUAUUUUGAAAGGCACGCCCUACGUUGUAGGGCUUUAUAUUUAGGCUGCUACUGGAAGUCAUAUGCUGUUUUAAGUAAGAAAACCAGAUGGGCUCAUGGAUCAUCUGCAGAGGAAUUAAUGCUCCUGCCAGUAAAAACUUGCAGUAGUAAAUGUGUGAAAAUACAAGAGCCUGUGAAAGUGCUUUGUCAGGUAGGGUCUGAUCCUCCUGAUGUUAUAGAGGGCAAAACGGUCCUGCCAAAAACCUUCAAGGUUUUCCUUUAAUGUCUGUAACAGUUGAACUACUUUGUGUGUGUCGGUCGUCGGUUUCCAGAACGCAUCCAUCACUCCAGUGUGUGUGGACCUGGGAGACUGGGAAGCCACAGAGACGGCUCUGAAGGAUGUUGGUCCCAUCGAUCUGCUGGUGAAUAAUGCUGCAUUCCCCUCCUUGCAGUCAUUCCUGGAGAUCACACCUGACCAUUUUGACCGGUAAGACAAAUCACAGGGUAAUACAAACCAGAAAUAAACAGUAUACACCAGUUUACAAACUGUAAGAGUCUGAGCUUGAAUUCUCACCUGUUGUGUGUUUUCUGUCCACCUUUAGGUCAUUUAAUGUGAAUGUGAAAGCUGCUCUGCAGGUCUCUCAGGUACAUGAACAGCUCUGUACUUUUUCCUCUGUUUUAUUUUUUUUGUGACCUUAUCAGGUGAAAUGCAGAUUCUGUCUAUGUGGAGGAUAUUGGAUCUGUCCAUACAUUAGCCCAGUGGGAAGUUGGCCGCCUGUCCAUACUCCGCCUCUUGUCCAAUGACAGCUGAGAUAGACUCCAGCCAGGAUGCCCCAACAUCUGAGCUUUGAUGUUAAACUUGUUGUGUUGAACUAACAGAUCGUAGCUCGGGGUAUGAAGGCCAGAGGAUCUGGAGGCUCCAUCGUCAACGUGUCCAGCCAGGCUUCACAGUGCGCCCUCAGAGACCACACAGUCUACUGUAAGAAACACCGUAAAGCAGCUUUGUGCAAACGCUGACUCACGUCUCUUAUCUUCAGAGAUGCAUGCAGACUAGUGCAAAAGUGUCUCAAACUUGGAUUAUGUCUAAUGACUCCAUUCGAUGAGAAAAUGGCUCUACUCUGCACUUACUUUAUCCCUUUUGUAGGCAUGACUGGUCUGUGUAGCCAAGUUGUCCAUAAUAUAUAUAGUCUAUGGUUUCUACGCUGUAUUUCUCAUUUGUUUGUUUGUACCUGUUGUUGUUCAGGUGCCACGAAAGCAGCCCUGGACAUGCUGACUAAGGGGAUGGCCCUGGAGCUGGGACCCUACCAGGUACACAGCAUCAAUACUUCCCUUUAAAAUCUGAAAUGUACUUCAGCCAAUGAGACUUUACACCAAGAGUUUUAUCCACAGGCAACAGCUGAUCUACCCCAAAUAUUCUGACACUAAAAUCUAUUAGUUUCUGUAGUUAAACUGUUGAACUGUUUGUGUUGUCUUUUUAGAUAAGUUGAUAUUUACAUUUUUUAAUUGGUUUAUUUUUAAUUGUCUUUUCUAUUGAUUUCACAUAUAAAUAUUCCAUUAACAUUUUACAUAUAUUAUUAUUUUUUUUACAUUUUUUUUCCAACUGUACAGAACAUUCGCACACUUCUCCACCGUGGAGCAGAGACAUAGUUAGACAUAAAUUCUCAAGUCAAGUUACAGUAGAAUAACUGUGAAGUAAAAUAAAACACUUUUCACUCAUGUCCUUAUUUUCACACCUCUCUUGCAUUGUCCUUUUUCUCCUAAUAGAGAACCCUAACCCUGAACAUAAUAAACAUAACAAUGAACAAAUUUGUAGCCUGAACCAAUGGGAUUAAUAAUCCCUUACUGGACAAAGUCUGCUCUCAAUGGAGACACAAAAUCAACCUAGUUUUUCCAGUAUUUUUUAAAAGUAUCUGUUUUUAGUCUAGAUGAGAAAGUCAGCCUCUCCAUUCUAUAUUUAUCAAUCAUUACCUCUACCCAAUCCUCUAUUUUUGGUGCAUCUGUUUUUAGCCGUUUUCUGGUGUUGGCCUAUUUAGCCGCCACCAACAUUAUUUGAAAUAUGUAUUUUUCUCCUGACAUUGUUAUCUCCUGGUUCUCUUUUCCCAAAUAUAAACCUUUUUAAUUUUUACCAUGAAUUGGAAGCUGAAAGUUGGGGUGUUCAGUUGUGAGAAAGUUCCUGUUUGUUACCAUGGUAAUUUAAAUUCUGCUUAUUUCUUUCAGCUGAAUAUGGAUCAGGGUCAUUCUGGUUUCUAAGCAUGGCUAACGUUAGCAUAGCCAGCACCAUAAUCCUUUAGUUCUCCUUACAGGUUGAUGUCUACAUGUCUGUACAUUGCUGUGGUUGAGAUUAGAUGGUCAGCCGACAGACAAGAGUGAUACCAUUUUCUAGAUCAAAAUACUGACAAACAGCACCGCUCAACUCUGCGUGAUUCAUAGCAUUAAUUAACAGUAGCUUUUAACCAGAGCUACAGCUCCAACUAGUGGUGGGUGGCAGGGCUACAGCUGAGCCACAGCAUACAGUAUGAUCCACAUUUAAGGCCAACAAUAAUAAAAAUGAUCAAACAUUUGAAUUCUUGAAGAUUAAAAGUUAAUGUACAUGGUGUUGGUGUUGUGUUCAGAUCCGUGUGAACACGGUGAACCCAACAGUGGUGAUGACUGACAUGGGCCGACUGGGAUGGAGCGACCCUGAAAAAUCCAAGAACAUGAUGUCCCGCAUCCCCCUGGGCCGAUUCGCAGGUAAGAAACUAUGGACUUCUAAUGUACCUAAAGUUAAGUGACUGACCCACUGACUGUGGAGAGAGGAGAGCAGGGAGAGGAGCAGGAGGAAGAGAGAGGAGAUCAGGGAGAGGAGGAGAACUUGUGUUUUUAACAACAGUGUAAAGCCCCUCUACUGUAAUUGAAAGUUGGGCAUUUAAUUCAGUUAAGUCAGCUAUGUUAAGCUCUGCAGGUGAAGAUUUAAUGCAAUGUUCCUGUUAGCAUUAGACCAAACUGAUGCUAGAAGAGUACGAUGUUUGAUAUUUGAGGCUUGGGACCAUCAGCUUAGGACUGGUUGUUCGAGCUCAAAAAUGCUGCAUGCUACUCUUUCACAAAGUUUAAUGAUAGACCACCUCCUCUCUGCACAAAAGAAAAAACAACGUCCUAAAAGUGCCAUGCCUCUUCAGAUAGUUCAUACCAGGCUGCUGACAAGGAGACAGAUGGUUUAUUAAGAUUCAGGAAUGUCGAUUCAGUCCUGCUUUUGAAACAAUGGAGCGACUCUUCCCCCAUGGCUGAGUUUGGAGGAUUCUGAGGAUCACUGAGUCCUCUUGUAUCUCAAUGAGAGUCUCAAACUCGGUCGGUACUAUACUACAUCACUGUUGCUCAUGUUUUCAUGUGUGUUUGUGCAGAGGUGGAGGACGUGGUGAACAGUAUUUUAUUCCUCCUGAGCGAUAAGAGCAGCAUGACGAAUGGCGUCGCUCUUCCUGUGGAUGGAGGGUUCUUGUCCUGCUGACCAGCCUCGUCUCUUCACAUUCAGCCGUCUGCUGCAGCGGGAAACUAUCAGUACUACCUGUUCUAUCUGCUAACAGUGAUGUACACACAGGCCACUUUUAUGACCAUUAAAAUGUUACUUUCCUCUAACCUCUUCUUCUUCUGUCUUCUUGAACUAAGAUCUGCAAGCUAUAACUA